UAGUGGUGGCGGGAGCGGGCACUGCGGCCUCGUCGCGGGGUGAGGCCUCGCCCGGCGACCCUGCCUGCCGCCACCCCCACACUCCCUCCUCCGGCGGCGCGUAGUCCCGGCCGCCCCUCUCCGGACGUCGACAGAGCGUCCAAAGCGGGCCACGUCCACUGUGUACGGCCCUCGCGCAGUCUCCUCGGGGUUGUCCCGCUUCCGUGACCCCUACAGGGUGAAGACUAGUGGGUGGGACAAGUGGCGAGCUGGCGCUCUGCAGACUACUGCGGGCGGCGGGGUGGCGGCGGGCACAGGGAGGGCAAGAACCUGAAAGUGCAAGUGCUGAGCCUCCGGGUGUCGGUUUCGGGGUCGCCGGGCAUUCAGCCCCGUCUGACCCGCUCCCACGCCCUGCGUUUCGGAGGCCGGAGCGCAGCCCGGCUGGGGUGCUUUCUUACUCGCUGGGGGCCUGGAGCUGAGAAGGGGUGGGCAUGGCCAGCGUCCCCCAGCUGUUCGACGACCUGUGCGAGGCCGUCCUACCGGCCGCGAAGGCUCACCUGGGCCAGCACGGCGGGAGCCGGAAGAGGGCAAAGCAGAGACUUAAGAGGGUGGCCUACAAUGCCCUUUUCACGAAUCUCUUUCAAGAUGAGACUCACAAACUGCAGCCUGAUCUCUCCAAACUCCCAGUGAAGAACAAGAUCCUCAUGCUGUCCUUCGACUUGAGAGUGGGUGGUCUGGGCCCCGAGGCUGACCGUCUGGAGGAACUCGUGGAGGAGCUCCUAGCAGCCCCUUGCUGUCCGUUCGUGGAGGUGGGGUCUGUUUUGGGCCUCCUGGUUCAGCUGGCAGGGAGUGGCCCCCCUCAAGUGCUGCAGCGCAAGCGGGACUACUUCUUUAACAACAAGCAUGUGGGGAGAAACGUGCCCUACAGCGGCUACGACUGCUACGACCUGAGUGUUUUUGAGAUGGACGUUCAGUCUUUGAUCUCCAGAGAGGAGUACUUAUGUCAGGACAUGAUCCAGAAGGCGCUUCAGGUGAUGGAGGCGGCCCCAGGCACUGGCCUGCCCACCGCGGGGCUCUUCUCAUAUGGGGACCCUUGCGGUGACAGGUUUGAGAGAGACACCCGGGUCUCGCUUUUCGGCGCUCUUGCACACAGCCGCACAUAUGACAUGGAUGUCCGGCUAGACCUGCCCCCGAUGCCGGACAGUGCAGACCUCUCUGGAUUGGCCAUUAAGGUUCCUCAGAGUGUGGAUCAGUCCGACGAUGAAGGGUUCCAGUCAGCAUCUAAUUUGACUCCUGACUCCCAGUCUGAACCAGGCAUGACUCCAGACAUCGACCUGUGGGAUGCCGUGCUCACCUACGAGGCCAGCAAGCGGAGGUGCUGGGAGCAAGUUGGAUGCCCCCCUGGCCACAGAGAGGAGCCCUACCUCACGGAGGCCGGAAGGGACGCCUUCGACAGGUUCUGCAGGCUCCGCCACGGGGAGCUGCAGGUGCUUGGCGGGGGCCUGCUGCAGGCCCCACAGCCCGUCCUGGUGAAGGAGUGCGAGCUGGUGAAAGAUGCGCUGAAUGUCCUGAUUGGGGUCGUGUCUGCCACGUUUUCCCUCUGCCAGCCAGCUCAGACCUUCAUGGUGAAGCGGGGUGUCCACGUAUCAGGAGCCUCCCCUGAGAGCGUCAGCAGUCUCCUCUCAGAGGUGGGCGAGUGGGGGACACACUACACACGCCUGAGCCAGUUCUCUCUGCAGCCUGUGCUGGACUCCUCGUGCAGCAAGGGCCUCGUGUUCCAGGCCUUCACCAGCGGCCUGAGGAAGUUCCUGCAGUAUUACCGUGCCUGCGUCCUCUCCACUCCGCCCACCCUGAGCCUCCUCACCAUUGGCUUUCUUUUCAAGAAACUGGGCCGGCAGCUCAGGUACUUGGCUGAGCUCUGUGGUGUUGGCACUGCACUCCCAGGUAGUGGGGGCGGAGAACCCAAGGCUGCAUUCCCCACCGGGGUGAAGCUGCUCUCCUACCUGUACCAGGAGGCUCUCCAUAAUUGCAGCAACGAGCACUACCCAGUGCUGCUGUCCCUGCUGAAGACCAGCUGCGAGCCCUACACGAGGUUCAUCCACGACUGGGUGUACAGUGGGGUCUUCAGAGACGUUUAUGGGGAAUUCAUGAUCCAGGUGAACCACGAGUACCUGGGCUGCAGAGAUAAGUUCUACUGGACCCACGGCUAUGUGCUCAUUUCCAAAGAGGUGGAGGACUGCGUCCCCGUGUUCUUGAAGCACAUCGCCCACGAUGUGUACGUCUGCGGGAAGACCAUCAAUUUGCUGAAACUCUGCUGCCCCCAGCAUUACCUCUACUGGUCUGACGUCCCCGUCCCUCGGAUCUCAGUGAUUUUCUCCCCCGAGGAGUUGAAGGAGGUCGAGAGGGACUGUGCCAUCUACGUGGGGCGGAUGGAGAGGGUAGCGCACCACAGCUCCAUCAGCAAGGAGGAGAAGGAAUUACGAAUGGAAAUUGCAAAACAAGAAUUGAUUGUCCAGGCCCGGGAAGCAGCGUCCAGGGUCCUGCGAGCACUCAGUGAUCGGCAGACGUCGGAACGCAUGGCCUUGGACGCCCGGAAGCGAGAGCAGUUUCAGAGGCUGAAGGAGCAGUUUGUGAAGGACCAGGAGCGGCGCUGGGCGGCCAGGCAGGAGGCUCUGGAUGACGACUUGGGCUAUGCGCGGGCGCUCCGCGACAGGGAGAGGAGGCUGAGGGCCCUGGAGGAGCAGCUGGAGAGGAAGACGAGGCAGGCACUGGUUGACCAUUAUAGCAAGUUGUCUGCGGAAGCAGCUCGUCGAGAGCAGAAGGCACUGUGGAAAAUCCAGAGGCACCGACUGGCAAGUGCACGGCUUCGUUUCCUCGUAGAAGAUCAGAAGCUCAUUCGGGGGAUGCUGAGGGACGUGUCCGAAGGGAAGGCCCUGGAGCCACUCUCUGUCCUCCCUGCUGCCGGCUCCCAGGCUUUGUCUCCGGGCCCCGGGCACUCGGCGGGAGGCAGCAGCUCUGACUCUGGGUAUGCAGAACAGCACGUGGUUGCCUGGGAUUGCCCGAAUGCACGGACGCCGCAGCAGCUCUCACCUCCAGCAGCAGGGGCCUGUGGCUCGGGGCCGGUGGACAGGCCGGGGCCGUUCUCUGAGGGCCUCAGCAUCCAAGACUUCCUGCCCGCAGCUCCGGAGGCUGAGCCGCCUGCACACACUGGCGUGGCCCCUAUCCUGGAGGGGGCGCUGCACACCAUCGGCUCAGACCUGCCUCCCUCGGCUCCAUCCGAAGUGGUGGGCCCAGGGCCUUCUGGGCCCCAGGAGUAUGAUUUCAGAACCAUCCUGAGGCCAGCUGUAGCCCCCUGGGCUUCCCCAGGGUCCCUGAAGACUGUAGGAGGUGGCUCGAGUAAUGAGGGGCAGCAGCUGUGGGGGGGCAGUGUCAGGCAGCCACAGGGUACAAGUGUCUCAGACAGGCAGGUGGCUCUGCCUCCCCCCCACCCCUCUGGGUACCCCCUCCCCCAGAACGGGAGUAGCCAGGCCAUGGGGCAGCUCCUCGGGCGUGUGUCAGAGGGCAGUGUUCCCACAGGGGGCUAUGCUUCUGGGACGGCCCCCUCGCGGCCACGGUGGAACGUCCACGGACACGUGUCUGACGCCAGCAUCAAGGUGGGGGAGAACGUGUGGGACGUGGCCCCCUCGCGGCCACGGUGGAACGUCCACGGACACGUGUCUCAGUCCCAUGUGGUACUGGGUGCGCUCUCUGGGGAAGGCCAGCCUGAUCCACCCAGGCCCUGCCAGAGCCCCCCUGACCAUGUAUCCCAGUCAGGCCUCAGCCUGGGAGCACAGAGCCCUGUCUGGGAGCACGAGCCACGGCUGCCUGCAGAGACGGCUUCUGACAGCUCCUGUGCUCAGGAGGCUGGCUCCAGUAGUGGGCAGGCGAGUGGCCUCCAGCCUUCGCUGUCUGCAGUGGCUGCAUCCGGGGAUCUGGGAGAUGGUAUCCCCAAGGAGCCAGGACCAGGGACGAGUGGGGACACUGAGGACCUCUCUCCAGGUCACCCUCCAAGCUCACAGGAAGGCGCGGCGGCCCAGAGCAGCCCCGGCCUCGGUGAGGAGGCGGCUGCGGCCCAGCGCUGGGGCCAGGAGCAGGCCUACCUGGCGGGUCUGAUAGAGCAGUACCGGCUGGAGCAGUACCCGGACAGCUACGAGGCCAUGUCGGAAACUCCCGCCGCCCACCUGCUACACCACGGGCUUCCCCGCGCCUUCGCCCUCCCGGAGGACCCCCGGACCCGGUCAGAUGCAGAUGAGACCGCGGUGCAGCUGAGCGAGCUGCUGCCCCUGCCCGUGCUCAUGAAGCACUCCAUCACUGCCCCGCUGGCUGCGCACGUCUCGUUGGUGAACAAGGCCGCCGUGGACUACUUCUUCGUGGAGCUCGGCUUGGAGGCGCACUUCGAGGCGCUGCGGCACUUCCUGCUCAUGGAGGACGGGGAGUUCGCACAGUCGCUCAGCGAUCUGCUGUUUGAGAAGCUGGGGGCGGGGCAGACGCCCGGGGAGCUGCUCAACCCGCUGGUGCUCAACUCUGUGCUGAGCAAGGCCCUGCAGUACAGCCUGCACGGGGACACCCCGUUCGCGGACAACCUCUCCUUUGCCCUCAAGUUCCUGCCCGAGGCGUUUGCCCCCAACGCCCCGGACGUGCUGAGCUGCCUGGAGCUCAGGUACAAGAUCGACUGGCCCCUCAACGUCGUGGUCACCGAGGGCUGCCUGAGCCGCUACAGCGGCAUCUUCUCCUUCCUGCUGCAGCUGAAGCUGAUGAUGUGGACGCUCAAGGACAUUUGCUUCCACCUCAAGCGCACAGCUCUGGUGAGCCAGGCGGCCGGCUCGGUGCAGUUCCGCCAGCUGCAGCUGUUCAAGCACGAGAUGCAGCACUUCGUCAAGGUCACCCAGGGCUACAUCGCCAACCAGAUCCUGCACGUCACCUGGUGUGAGUUCCGAGCCCGGCUGGCGCAGGUGGGCGACCUUGAGGAGAUCCAGCGUGCGCAUGCCGAGUACCUGCACAAGGCUGUCUUCAGGGGCCUGCUGACAGAGAAGGCUGCGCCCGUCAUGAACGUCAUCCACAGCAUCUUCAGCCUCGUCCUCAAGUUCCGCAGCCAGCUUAUCUCCCAGCCCUGGGUCCCGGCCGGUGGCCCCCGGGGUGCGGAGCACCCUAACUUCGCUCUCAUGCAGCAGUCCUACAGCACCUUCAAGUACUACUCCCACUUCCUGUUUAAAGUGGUGACCAAGCUGGUGAACCGGGGCUACCAGCCUCACCUGGAGGACUUCCUGCUGCGCAUCAACUUCAACAACUACUAUCAGGAUGCCUGAGGCCGCGGGACACAGGGGAUUUCUGCUGCUGCAAAGGGCUGACCAGGCAUUUCCAACCAAACAUCGAGGACAGCAGGUCCUUCCCCAGCUGCGCCCACAUGCUGGCCCCGGGCUGCUCACCUGUCCAGGAAGCCGAAGGGCCCGUAGUCGAUGGUGAGCCCCACGAUGCUCAUGUUGUCUGUGUUGAGCACGCCGUGGCAGAAGCCCACACACUGCCACUCCGCCACCAUCCGGGCCGUGCGACGGGUCACCUGCGGCACGACGGGAGCAGGUUGUCCCCUGCCCCCUCCCUCCCUGAGGACAGCUCUGCUCCCAGGAACUCCCUCGGGUUUGCCCUCUCGGCGCACACUCGGCAGCGGGGGCGAACGCGGAAGGACGGGUAAGAAGGGAAAGCACUUGGAUGAGUGCACACGUGUAGGCUCUAAUUUCCACUUAGGCCAUCUGUCUCUUUGAUAUACUAAUUUUGGCUUUUACCCAUGAAACCAAAAAUAUCAGGGAGCCUUGACCAUCCCCACAACUCAGGCCCAGGAGGAUAACCGUGUGGAAACAGGGAAGUCACCACAUGAGCCGGCAAAACCUGCCCUGGGUCCAGGCUGCUGUGCCAGGGGCCCCGCCGUGACCGUCCGCAUCUCCCCCCGAAGCGGAGUCCUUCCCCCCCCACAGUUCUCCCGCCGCGCCUGGUGGGGGCGCACAGGGUUUGUCUCAGGGCCCCCGACCCUCAAUGCAGCAUUCCCAGAAGUCGGUCCUGCUCAGAGCCAACAAGGGGGGACAGGCUUUGGGACCGGGGAGUGACUCAGAGAACCUUGGCCCCCCCGCCUGGCAGACCCUGUCUCAUCAGCAGGCGGGAUGCAGGGAGGGCUGGUGUGCGGCCCCGCCUACCUCCCGGAAGAAGGCGGCAUUCCUCUGCACACGGUCAUCCGCGUGCGCGGCCUGGAUCUCAGGAUAAAACGUGCUGAUCACAUAGUCAAGCAUCUGGACUCGGAUGUCAUUUCUCCCCACACUGGGCCCUUCACGCCCUGUGUGCUCAUCUGCAGACUUAAAAAUCUCAAAGGAUCCGAACCUGGAGGAAAUACCCAUGUUUUUAACAGGUUAAACAUGGCUCUAGCCCCUUGUGAAAAACAGAAGUCUGGCUGCUAGGCCUUGUAGCCUCUGGCGCUAAGAACACCCUGAUUAAAACAAAACCAACAAAAACGUAACUGGUCUUGGGGCGCCUGGGUGGCUCAGUUGGUUGGGCGACUGCC